GCUGGCCAUCAUGCCAGCUGCGUCCGUAGAUUCCGAUGCCGAAUUCUGGCUCUUUGGCUAUGGCAGUUUGAUUUGGAAGCCUCCGCCCCAUUAUGAUAAACGGAUACCUGGGUUUGUCACCGGCUAUGUCCGAAGGUUCUGGCAGGACCACCGCGGAACGCCUGAAGCCCCAGGACGAGUUGUGACGCUCAUCGAGCGGUCAUUCUGGGAGACAUUGACAGAUCAUCACGACUCGACGGCGGACAAAGUAUGGGGUACCGCCUAUCGAAUAGAAGCUCCCAGAGUUGCCGAAGUUCGGGAGUACCUCGACAUUCGUGAGAUAAACGGCUACACCAUACAUUACACCCCCUUCUAUCCAAGCGAUGGAUCUCCGACGAUAAAGGCCUUGGUAUAUAUUGGGACUCCUGAAAACGACCAGUUCGUCGGUCCGCAGCCUCCUCAACAACUCGCCGAGCAUAUACAAAAGAGUAUCGGUCCAAGUGGACCAAACAAAGAUUAUCUCCUGAGCUUGGAAGAAGCCCUGGACGGUCUCAGCCCAGAUAGCGGAGAUGACCAUGUCAAAGAUUUGGCUACCAGGGUCAGGAAUCUCGAGAAAGAGGCCAGUGGAGCUGAAGACCGAGCGGUGAAUGGUAUUGCUGUUGCCAACGAGCCAAAGAAGGUCGGCAGCAGAGACGAGCAAGAGGAGAUGGAGAAGUAG